AUGGCUCUGGGCACACCAGGCCUGUGCAUCCAUUGUAAAGUGCCCAGGACAUCAGCAAUGCAUGUCCCUCCUCGUCCCCAGGUCUCACUGGGAAUGCAUGGUAGGCGACCCGCUGCUGAUCGCCCUCACUCAGAGACGCAGGGGGGUGCAGACUCUCGAUCUUCUGUCCCUGAUCCAGAUCGAAAAUCACGGUGCACACCGCUGUGA